GAGCGACCCCCGCGUCCUCCCUCAGCUCCGUCCGGCCCGCUGUGAGGGGAGGGGGCUCCGGCAGAGUGCCCCUGGGGCAGCCAGCCCCCUCCGCCGCGCUCUGCUUGGCCUUGGGUGCAGGAGGGUGCCGGGUGUCCCCGGCACGGGCCCCCGCGGGAUGAAUGUGUUAUUAACAGGAUAAACUGUUAUUUAUGGAGGGGAGCACCUCCAGCUGCUCAGGGGAAGCUGUAGCGGGUCCCCAGGGCAGCGCUACCCCCGCCGCCCUCGCCCCGACUGCCAUAGACUUGAGGAGCGAAGUUCCUUAGAGAUAGCCCGUAAUAAAAAACGAACGAGGUUAGCUCCUGGCGGAGGAAAGGAUGAGUUAUUCCUGCAGGAAUAACUCCUCCACCUGCCUCAGGGAAGUGUGCGCUGUGCCGCUGGCGGGGGAAGGCUGCCCAGGGGCUCUGGGGCAGCAGAGGCCAUGUCUGAGGCUGCUGCCGGGGAGCGGGGGCCGCAGGAGCGCUGCAGGAUCCCCCGAGAGCACCCCACUGACCUGGGGCCCAGCGGGCACCAGCCCCAGACUGGGCGAGGUCAUUGAGGGUGUGUAUUUUGUAUAUUUUAGCUCUUGGGGUCCUGCCAGCGAAUCUUUGGGAGACAGCAGAAGAGCUUAUUCUGGGAGUCCAGAGCCAGAUGCUGUAAAUGCUCUAAAUUACGUGGGGCUCAUUAAAGCAGUGGGCUUAGAGCCUUUCUGAUUCGCUAUUAAGAGCAGAUUGUGUUGAUGGACAGUACCAGGUAACACCAACAUGUGAAUGGCAAAUGCAUAUAUACAAAAAUAAGGAAACUAAGGCCUUAAACCCAAGUCCCAUCAGACAAGCAUAUUAUGAGUUUUCAGAAUGACCUCCUUGGCUGACAUGCCCCCAAAUUAUGAGAUGAUGUUUGCUCAUCGAUUCACAUCGGAUGAUGAAGAAUACCAAGAAUAUCUAAAACGCCCUGCAGACCCCCCUCCUAUUGUUGAAGAAUGGAGAAACAGAUCUGGUGGCAACCAGAGAAACAGAGACCGGUUUCAAGAUGGCAGAUACUUUAGAGGGGACAGAUACAACUGGCAAGGUGACUACAGAUUUAAUCAGAGGCCAGAUAGAGGCUGGGGUAACAACUACCAGCAGCACAGACAAGGCCAAUCCUACUCAUCCCACUACGGACAAUAUGGCUACAACUCCUACAACCCAGGGCCUCGUUACCAUCCCUACUGAUAUCCUUGUGGGCUGAAAGUCCAGUGAUGCUAUAUAACAAAUUCAGUUAGAUUUUAGUUUUCUUAUUUUUUCCACUGUUUUAUAGAUAACUGAAGAAUCAGUGUUACAAGUGCAGUGCUGUUUUUCUGUCGUGUGAAAUGAAAAAGGGAACUCCUUUUAUGAAUAGUAAAAGCGUAUUAUAUGGGGUUUGUUUAAAGGCUGUAGAUUUUAGAUUAAAUUUUUAUCUCCUUCUUUUGUCUGAAUAUGUAUUGUGAAGGUUUUUCUUCCAUCACUGAGAUUUCUCUGUUCUAUUUUAGAAACCAAAACAGGUGAGGGAAGGACGGGAUAGCUGUGGUUUGUAUGCAGCCUGUAGCAGUGGCACAUUGCCUUAAGAUAGCUCUUUUUGAAACUAACAUACUGUGUCUUUCUGUGGAGAGAAUUUCUUAGUUUGGCUUUUUACUGUGAGAAGCUCAGUUUGGUUUGAAUUUCAGAUGCCUUAAAACUGAGAAGAGAGAUCCUAUUACUGAAAUAUUUUAUGGGGUCACCAUACUGUCUGUUGGCUCAAUGGCUUCAACGCAUUUGCAGUAUUCCUCCUGAAGUGUGGUCUAAAAGUUGGAUAAAAAAUAAGUAGUUAAAUUUGCAUCUUCUUGUAGCAGUUCAGUGAUAUAUAAGUUUUACCUGAGAAAGAAUAUUGAACUUAGAUUAAUCUGUGUCAUCUUCAAAUAAAUUCGGUGUGUGCAAAAUAAAUUUUGGAAUUCCCAUUUCAGUAAAGCUGUAAAACUUUGAUGCUGUUGUAGUUUGUAUGAAAUACUUUGUGCAUGUUAUAGAAAAAAAGAACUAUGAUCAGUACUGGUCUGUACUUUUUUCUGUAUGGGAAAAUAGCAUAAACAGUGCAGAGUGUUACUCAGUUCUUAGAAUUUAAGAUUUAUGGGGUUUUUUAAGUAUUCACACAAUAAAAGUAUAGUUCACAUGAAA